AUGGCGACUGGAGCGAGGGUGCAUGACGCGGUUGUGCAGAUCGCCCGCACUUUAACUCGGUUAGCGUGCUCCCGUGAAAGCGCGUUCAAGGUUGCGACGCGUCGGCCAUGGGCACUUUGCGAGCGGCGAACAGCGAACGGCUCGACGGCCAUCAACACCAUGCAGUCGCCGCACCCAGAUGAGAGACCGUCCAAGAAGCGCAGAUUCUUCACUGAAGCCUCUUCACCCGCCCAGGCCCGCUCCACGAACCCCCAUUCUCCUCCGCAUUCCCCGCCACCACCACAAGCAGCAUCACCAGAGAAAAGCAGUACUGGUGCGGACAAUGGCGAAACACAUGACUUCGACUUUGCCAUGCUGCAGGCAGUGGUGGGGGAACUUCCAGAAGCCACAAUGCACAAAUUGAAGGACGUUAGUGGAGGAGAUGUUCAACGAGGUAAGAGAGUCUUUGUGACCAUAAACAGGACCAUCUUUGAGUCUCUGACAAUCGGACCAGCAAUCAAUCUCUAUCUUGAUGGCUCCUGGAGCGCCAUCUCUGUUCAACCAUCUGCGCCCAUCUUCCAAGCCCGUCCACCGCCCGUACAGAUGAAGCUGGCAAGCAAUCUCAAGCGAACCGAAUCCGAUGUCUCCAAUGCCUCCAUGUCCGGCUCAGAUACCCAAACCCCUACCAUUCUACGGGAGAUGCCCUCGAAGCGCUAUGUUGGUUCCUUUGGUGUGGUUGGCUGGGCCACAAAGAGCGGAUUGGGCCUGCUCAAGCACAACGAGACAAUUGGCAUCGAGCGAGUCAAGUCGCCACAUAUGGGCAAGAAGAGGGUCGUCAACCUGAAGAAGCAGGAUCUACUAGUCAGAUUCACAAAUCAACGAGGCGAGGAAGUGGGUAGACUGGAGAAUGAUUCUGCGACAUGGGUUUCGGCCUUGAUCGACCAGAAAGUGUGCUCGUUCGAUGGCACCGUCGUCUACACGCCAGACAGGAUCCGGACAGGCGACACUAUCUACCUACAACUCCGUGGGUACUUUUUACGGAGUGCAUUCGACGCGCGCAAGUUUGCCAAGCCGGACAACAAUAGGGAGGUAUCCAUUUUUGAAGAGAAGGAGACGUCAGAUGAGCGAGACCUCCGUCUGCGACAAGUUGGCCUGGUCAAGUUCUUCGAGUCUAUCAAUCUUCAGCCAACCCGCCAGAACGAGACGACUGCAAAGCACAAGCGACAAGGGCUAUUACAAGCGGUGGAAAGCGCAGAAAAAAAGGACGAGACAAACAAGGCCAAGACGGGCACGCCUACACAAACCUCCUCACCCCCUUCAGAGGAAGCAGAAGAAGGCGCUGAGCUAGAGCAAGAUCAACUCGAUUCGCUAUACAAGAAGGCACAGUCCUUCGACUUUAAUACGCCAACAAUGGAUCCGGCAGACACUUUCUGCCUGAAUCUACGGAAAUAUCAAAAACAAGCACUACACUGGAUGGUCGGGAAAGAAAAGGACGAUUCGUUGUCUCAUGCGGAGUCCUCGAUGCAUCCACUAUGGGAGGAAUACCAAUGGCCAACGCAAGAUGCGGACAAUCAGCCACUACCAGCCAUCGAGCAUCAGACCAUGUUUUACGUCAACCCAUAUUCUGGCGAACUCUCCCUCGAGUUCCCAGUCCAGGAGCAGAACUGCCUAGGUGGUCUGUUGGCUGACGAGAUGGGUCUUGGGAAGACAAUCGAGAUGCUCAGUUUGAUUCAUACCCAUAGAAAUGAGGUCGUCAAAGAUGAGUCCACUGCAAACAGGAAACUGCCACGCCUCCAGAAGACGAGUGCGGCCGUAGAGCCUGCUCCGUACACUACGCUUGUCGUGGCGCCAAUGUCAUUGCUUGCGCAGUGGCAUGCUGAAGCCGAAAAGGCAUCGAAGGAGGGCACCCUCAAGGCCAUGGUCUACUAUGGCUCCGAGAAGGCGGUCAACCUGCAAAAGCUAUGCUGUGCGUCGAAUGCAGCUAACGCGCCCAACGUUCUCAUCACAAGUUAUGGCACAUUGUUGUCCGAAUUCAACCAAGUGGCAGCACAAGACGGCAAUCGCGGUUCGCACGGCGGCAUCUUCUCACUAGACUACUUCCGCAUCAUCUUGGAUGAGGCGCAUUACAUCAAGAACAGGUCGUCCAAGACGGCAAAGGCUUGCUAUGAGCUCAGUGCGAAGCAUCGAUGGGUGCUUACGGGUACCCCCAUUGUGAACCGAUUAGAGGAUCUGUUCAGUCUCGUCCGAUUCUUGAAGGUCGAGCCCUGGAGUAAUUUCUCCUUCUGGAAGACGUUCAUUACUGUACCGUUCGAGUCUGGAGACUUCAUCCGCGCUCUAGAUGUUGUACAGACGGUGCUUGAGCCGCUCGUUCUUCGCCGGACAAAGGACAUGAAAACGCCUGACGGCCAGGCUCUGGUGCCGUUGCCACCACGUACUAUCGAGGUUGAAAAGAUUGCCCUUUCGCAAGACGAGCAAGACGUCUACGACCACAUUUUCUUGCGUGCAAAGAGCGUUUUUGCAGCAAAUGCAGAGGCGGGUACAUUGUUAAAGUCGUAUACGACCAUAUUUGCCCAAAUUCUACGCUUACGACAGUCGUGCUGUCAUCCUACACUCACCCGCAAACCCCAGAUCGUGGCAGACGAAGAGGAUGCUGGACUAGCAGCAGAUCUUGCAAACGGCCUCGCAGACGACAUGGACCUAUCAAGCCUGAUUGAGCGCUUCACCGCCGAGGGCGAUCAGGACAUCAACAGAUUCGGUGCGCACGUACUAAAACAGAUUCAAGAUGAAGCCGAUGCGGAAUGCCCCAUUUGCUCCGAAGAGCCCAUGAUUGACCAAGCCGUGACUGGCUGCUGGCACUCGGCCUGCAAAGAAUGUCUGCUAAACUACAUUGCUCACCAACGCGACAAGAACCAGAUCCCACGCUGCUUCAACUGCCGCGAACCCAUCAACGCCCGCGACAUCUUCGAAGUCGUCCGUCACGAUCACAUCCCCGACUCACCAAAUCAUGUCUUCAAAGUUGAAGACGCAGCACCGACUGGGACAACUCCCCGCAUUAGCAUCCGCCGCAUUGGCCUCAGCGGCUCGGCGAAGAUGCAAGCCCUGCUUGGUCACCUAAAGAAGACGCGGAAGGUGGAAAAAGAUGCCAAAACAGUAGUCUUUUCCCAAUUCACCUCCUUUCUCGACCUCAUCGAGCCCGCGCUCGCACGCGACCACAUCCCCUUUCUCCGCUUCGACGGCUCCAUUUCGCAAAAACAGCGCGCCCACAUUCUGACCGAAUUCACCGCCUCGCCGAAGCCCUAUGUCCUGCUGCUCAGUCUGCGCGCAGGCGGCGUCGGCCUGAACCUGACGUGCGCGAAUAAAGUCUUCAUGAUGGAUCCGUGGUGGAGUUUUGCCGUCGAGGCGCAGGCGAUUGACCGCGUGCAUCGGAUGGGGCAGGAGAGGGAGGUCAAGGUGGUGCGUUUUGUGGUGCAAGGCAGUAUCGAGGAGAAGAUGUUGCGGAUCCAGGAGCGAAAGAAGUUUAUUGCGAGUUCUUUGGGCAUGAUGAGUGAUGAGGAGAAGAGGGUACAGAGGAUCGAGGAUAUCAAGGAGCUGUUGAGUUGA